CGCCAACCGUCGUCCGCCAGGUUGGCAGGAGAAUCGAGGAAAGGACGUCGGCGGCGCGAUGAUGUCUGUCGACGAAGAAGAGCAUGCCGGUGGUGGCGGCAGCGGCGGGAAAGGUCUGGACGAGCCCAACAUGGAAGCCACGUCACUGGAUGCCCUCGAGAAGGACUUCCAGGAGGUGCUCACGGAACUUGUGGGGGACAAGAGUCUGGAGCGGUUCCGGCUCGAGUACGAAAAGCUGCACCGCGCGCUCAAGAAAAGCAAUAUGCAAGAGAAGAAGCUGAUCAAAAAGUGUCGUGAAUUGAACGGAGAGAUCGUGAACAACGCAGCCAAGGUGCAAACGGCGCUAAAGUUGAGCCAGGAGGACCAAACGACCAUUGCGUCGUUGAAAAAGGAGAUGGAAAAGGCGUGGAAGAUGGUCGACGCGUCGCACGAAAAGGAGAUUCGGGCCAAGGAAACCAUCAACCAGCUCAAGGACGAAAUCACCAACCUCAGUCGGCUCGUGGAACAAGGGGCGGGGUUGAGCGUGGGCCAGGAAAACGCCAUGAAAGAGCUGGUCAAAGUCAAGGAAGAACUGAGCCGCAACAACGACGAACACGAGACGAACUCGCGCAAGGACCACGCGCGGAUGCAGGAGUUGCACGCCAAGAUUGCGGAAAUGGAAGAAGGCAAACGAGUGCAGGCGAUUGAAGUGCAGGCGCUCAAGGACAAGCUGCAGCUCAAAGCGACCGAACAAGAGCGCGAAAACCGACGAAAGGAACGCCUGGACAAGGAAAUCAAAGACGUCAAAGUCAAGUUGGAGCGGAAAAGUGUGGAAAAUAUUGCGCUGUCGACCGACGUCGGGCGUGCCACGACUCAAGUGCAGACGUUAGAGAAGCAGCUCGCGGACGCCCAGGCAACGAUGGAAAAAUACGUCCGCGACUACGAAACCCUGUAUAACCGAUCGCAGAAGCUGACCGAGCUGUUGAACGACCAGAACGACAAGAACAUGCAGUUGGAGGUGGAACGCCGCGAGUUUGAAUUGGAAAUCAAGGCAAAGACGGACGACAUCACCAAGUUAAAACUCGAGAAGAACAUGGCCGAGAGGCGGAUCGACAAGGAAAAGCGCAACACGCAAAAGGUCGAGGGCAAGCUCGAAGACGAGUGGACAAACAAGCUCGUGCUGCAGACGCAGCUCAAGUCGAUGCAAAAGGAUUUGGACGCCGACAAACGGGUAGAGGAAGCUCAAAAGGCCGAGUUGAACGCGUUGGAACGCGAGCGCAGUAUCCAGAUCAAGGCCACGCAAAAGGCCGAAGAGCGUGUGCGACAGAUCUGCGACGACGUUAAAACGAAUGAGCGCGUGGCCAAGAACCUCGAGGCCGAACUGAACGGGUACAAACAGGAGGCGGCCAAGCAGCGCAAGUUGAUCUACCAAUUGGAAAAGGAGCGCGAAAAGUAUGGCAUCGAAGCCAGCGAGCAGCGGAAUUUGUUUGUCCAGGCGCAGGAAGAGAUCAAGUUGAAGGACAUGCGCAUGUACGAGAUGCAGAAAAAGGUGACUGAGGGCGACGGCAAAUUGAAACAGCAACAGCAACUGUAUGAAGCUGUGCGCAGCGACCGCAACUUGUACAGCAAAAACUUGAUUGAAUCCCAAGACGAGAUUGCCGAGAUGAAGCGCAAGUUCAAGAUCAUCAACCACCAGAUCGAGCAGUUGAAGGAGGAAGUGUCGGCAAAGGACCACGCGCUCGUCAAAGAGCAUUUCGACCACCAAAAGGUUGAAAAGCAGCGCGAACAGCACAAGAACGAACUGGCGCGGCUGCGCACGCUCUUGGCCACGAACGAAGAAACGAUCAACAACCAGGACGCCGAGAUCCGCAAACUGACAACGAUGAUCCGACGCAUGGACGACGAAGCCCUCGAGCAAAAGAAAGAAUACGACCAAGUCAUCAACGAACGGGAUAUCCUCGGCACUCAACUCAUUCGACGCAACGACGAGCUGGCGCUGUUGUACGAAAAACUCAAGAUCCAGCAGUCCACGCUGAGCAAAGGGGAAACGCAAUACCAAGAACGCAUGGCCGAUAUCCGCGUCUUGAAACUCAAGAUCACCGACAUGAAGCGUGAGCUGCACAUUGCCAAGCACCAGGUGGGCCAGCUGGACGACCUCAAGAGAGAAGUGUACCAUCUGCAGCGCGAACUGCUCCAGGAAAAGACCAAAGUGAAAGCGCUCAGCGAAGAGCUGGAAAACCCCAUGAACGUCCACCGAUGGCGCAAGCUGGAAGGAUCGGACCCGGCCACGUACGAGAUGAUUCAGAAGAUCCAAACGCUGCAGAAACGUCUGAUUCAAAAGACCGAGGAAGUCGUGGAGAAGGACCUGAUUGUAAACGAAAAGGACAAGUUGUACGUCGAGCUCAAGAACAUUCUGGCACGGCAACCUGGGCCCGAAGUGGCGGAGCAACUCAGCGUGUACCAGCAAACGCUGCGCGACAAGGACAAGCAACUCAAGUCCCUCCUAAGCGAACAAAAUAUGUUCCAGUCCAAGGAAAACGAACUCAAGUUUGAAAUCGAACGCCUCGCGCGCGAACUCCACGACGUCAAGCGCAAAUACUACAAGAUGAAGCUAGAAGAAAAGCUCGCCGACACGCCCCAACUGCCGACGCUGCUCAAAAUGCCCGACAAGGCCAAGGCGCUGGUCGACGCCCAAAAGCAACUCGCGAUCACGUCCUCCAAGCGGUACAUUGGCGGCGGGUUCAGCUUGAACCAGUAACGCUAUGUACUACUACUACGUAGUACUAGUAUGUAUGUACUAGUAGAAACACUCUGGAGAAUCAGAAUCAGUUGCCCACACUACAUCUAUAUCGGGCUAAAUCCGGUGUAGAAGCCGUGCGAGAUUAGGGACCGGUAGCUUCCG